ACUCAGACAAUUUCAAGUUCAACACCCUACAUUCAAAGGAAUGUUUCGCAGUUGUUAAAAAAGUCAAGUGCAAUUCAACACAACAACGACAUCUGCAAGGUGUUUCGAGUUAAGAAUCUAGAAAAGCUUCGAUUCUGACCAGUAUUGCUGGUUUGCACAACGGUGUCAGACCGAAAACAGCAUUAGGAUAUAGCUGCAGCUCAUUCUGCAGAUAGAUAUACCUACAAUACAAUGAAAGGAAAGACUGCAUUUCUGCUGCUUAUGUUGCUGGGUUUAACACAGCUUAUUGUAGUCACGCGAUGCGAAGAUGAUGUAGUAGAUCAGACUGACAGUGACGAUGAGAGUGACGACGACGACGAGGAGGAGGAUGAUGACGACGAAGGCGACGGAACAGAAGUCAAAGACGAAAAUGGGGUGUUGAUCCUUACAGACAAAAACUUUGACACCUUUAUUGAAGAUAAGGAUACGGUCUUGGUGGAGUUCUAUGCACCAUGGUGUGGUCAUUGUAAACAGUUUGCACCUGAAUAUGAGAAAAUUGCCCAAGCACUUAAAGAAAACGACCCACCAAUUCCAGUGGCAAAGGUUGAUGCUGCUAAAGAAAGUUCUCUUGGGAGCAGAUUUGAGGUCAGUGGGUAUCCCACCAUCAAAAUCCUGAAGAAAGGGGAACCAGUGGAUUACGAUGGUCCCCGCUCUGAGCAAGCGAUUGUGUCCCAGGUGAAGGAGGUGGCUCAGCCAGACUGGAAGCCUCCACCAGAGGCCACCAUGGUGUUGACGAAGGACAACUUUGAUGAAGUGGUCAAUAACGCUGACAUUAUACUCGUAGAGUUUUACGCACCUUGGUGUGGUCACUGCAAGAAACUUGCUCCAGAAUACGAGAAGGCUGCAAAAGAGCUGAGUAAACGCACGCCUGCCAUUCCCCUGGCAAAGGUGGACGCUACAGUGGAAAACGAGAUUGCGUCCAGAUUUGAGGUUUCUGGUUACCCGACUCUAAAGAUCUUCCGGAAGGGAAAACCUUAUGAGUAUAAUGGACCGCGAGAGCAGCAUGGCAUCGUCGACCAUAUGAGCGAGCAGGCGGGUCCUCCGUCUAAGCUAGUCCAAACACUGAAACAGGCCCAGGAAUUUGUCAAAGAUGGAGAUGAUGUCGUCAUCUUUGGGAUCUUCUCCAGUGACCAGGAGGCCGCAUAUGACGUCUAUCAGGAGGCUUGCAAUGGCUUAAGGGAGGAUUUCAACUUCCGGCAUACCUUCAACACUGACGUGGCUCAAUUCCUCAAAGCUUCCCCUGGACAAGUGGUCAUGAUGCACCCAGAGAAAUUCCAGUCUAAAUAUGAGGCAAACUUGUAUUCAUUAACAAUUAAAGAUUCCACUUCUCCUUCUGAGGUGCAGGAGUUCUUUGCCAAACAUGCCAUUCCUUUAGUCGGACACAGAAAGCAGAGCAAUGAUGCGAAAAGAUACAAGAGUCGCCCCCUGGUGGUGGUGUACUAUGGAGUUGACUUCAGCUUUGACUACCGAGUCGCAACCCAGUUUUGGAGGAGCAAGGUUUUGGAGGUGGCUAAGGAUUUCCCAGAAUACACAUUUGCAAUAGCCGAUGAGGAAGACUACAGUGAUGAGCUGAAGAGCCUGGGUCUGAGUGACAGCGGAGAAGAGGUGAACGUUGGGAUUUUCGGAGAAGGAGGCAAGAAGUUUGCCAUGGAGCCGGAAGAAUGCGACUCCGAUGUGCUGAGGGAAUUUGUCAUGGCCUUCAAAAAAGGCAAACUGAAACCAGUCCUUAAAUCCCAGCCAGCCCCAAAGAGUAACAAAGGACCAGUGAAGGUGGUGGUCGGCAAGACUUUUGACGAUGUGGUCAUGAAUCCAAAGAAGGAUGUCCUCAUCGAGUUCUACGCACCAUGGUGUGGCCAUUGUAAAAAGAUGGAGCCUGACUACCUGGCCCUUGGGAAGAAGUACAAGCACGAGAAGAACUUGGUAAUUGCCAAGAUGGAUGCUACAGCUAAUGAUGUUCCCCACGACAGCUAUAAAGUAGAGGGAUUUCCCACCAUCUACCUGGCCCUCAGUAAGAACAAGCAGAAUCCAAUCAAAUUUGAAGGUGGAAACAGAGACUUGGAGGGGUUAAGUGAAUUCUUGGAAAAGCAUGCAUCGAAUUUGUCCCCGAAAGAUGAACUUUAAUAUCUUCAUAAUUAACUGAGGACUUUAAAAUAAAAUGUGAAGACGCAGCAUUCCGUGGGAGUUUCCUUGAGGCAUUUGCCUCAAUGUAGACCAGGAGGUAUUCCAUAAAACAGGGUGUUACUGACGUUUUUAGUCCAACUUGUGUUGACAAUUUAUGUGUCCCAAAAUCAUGAGAUUAAAAAUCUUGCACUGUUAAACAGCAGAUUAUAUUUUGUUAAAUCUUUUUAAAUAAAAGAUUGUAAAAUGA